CAAAAAUGCUAGAAACAUGUCAGUCGAAGUCAACACCGCGGCUACCGAGAAUUCCCCACCCAUGGCUUCCGCCUCCGCGUCCUCCUCCGUCGUCACCCUCAACGUCGGCGGCGAGCUCUUCCAGACCACCGCAGCCACCCUCUCCCGCGCAGGCGGUUCCUCCCCUCUCGCCUCCCUUGGCCCCUCGCCCCCCGACGCGCCACACUUCCUCGACGGCGACCCUCGCCUGUUCGCCGCCAGCCUCUCCUUCCUCCGCAGUGGCCGCCUCGCGUCCCAUCCUCCCUCCCCCGCUCUCCUCGCCGAGGCUCGGCACUUCUCACUCGACGGCCUCCUCCUCGCCUCCCUCUCCCCCGCGUCCGCCUUCUCCCCCCUCUCUCUGCGCCCCACCGCCCUCCUCCUCCUCACCGGCCGCGUCGCUCCCUCCGCAGUGGCCAUACCCCUCUCCCCGCACGCGGCCUCCCUCGUCGCCGCGCACGGCGGGGUCGUCACUAGCUUUAACGCCGCGCUCGCCUCUCGCACCAGCGUCCUAACGCCGCUCCCCACCAUCGACUCGCUCGUCGCGGUGUCCCCCGCCCUCGCCCUCGCUGGCGCCCGCGACUUUCCUGGCGUCCAGCUCUGCCGGUUCCCGGGCGACGCCCCUGCCACAGCUUCCGACGCUCUAUAUUGGCCAGACUCUCCUUCUUCCGUGCUGUCUAUGGCCGCCUCAGAACCGGCGUCACACUGGCUCUUUGCCAGCUUCGAGUCAGCGCGACGGAAUUCGAGCGCCGUAGUGGCGUUCGAUCUGAAUUCUCUCUCACCUGUGGUGGAGAUUGGGCGGAAGGAGGUGUUCGGUGCAGACGUUGAGGCAGCAAUACCACCGACCAAGCUAGGUUGGCUUGCUGGGCACAGUCUCUUGCUUGCCGCUGGGUCACACUCUGGGCCGGCUGGAAUGGUGGGGGACAUACGCCUGUGGGAUGUCCGGGCAAGCUCGACGGUGCCGCUGUGGGGGGUGAGGGAGAAGGACGACUGCUUUGCAGAUGUUGCCGCAUCAGAUUCGCUGUCAGCAUUGUUUAAGGUGGGGGCUGCCUCCGGUGAGGUUUUCAUGGCUGACUUGAGGAGACUUAGUGGUGAUGGCACCAGUGUUGAUCCUUGGGUGUGCAUCGGAGACGGGCAAAGGGCGGGAGCAGCCACAGCAUCUCGCAGAAAGGAUGGGAAUGGUUGUAGAAUUGAGUGUUACCGCAGUUGGGUGUUUGUGGCACGAGGUGCAUAUGCUGAGGUGUGGACACAGGUGGAAAUUACAUCAGAGCCUGGGGAGAAGAAGGUGAUGAGGAGGAAUUGGGUAGGGAACGGGCCAUCGAUGGUUACUGCAGACGGUGAGGAGAUGGACAAGAUCGUGAGCUGGGCCUUCGGAGGCGGCAGAAUGGCAUUGGCUAGAGUCGAUAAGCGGUCUGUUGAGGUGUGGGAUAGUGCUUCUGGGACAAUAUCAGGUGAAUAGAGGAACAAGACUACAGAUGUUGAUCUGAUAGAUGCUGGAAUUUCAAACUGGCUGCAGGUUCUGACAGAAACUAUCAAAGUUCAUCUUGAUCCUUCAUGAAUUUAGACAUUGCAGUUAACCAUCUGUGCAAACAUAUCAAAUAUGAACUCAAUGGAUUUGAUGACACAGCCCAUUAAGUAAAACCCCACUAUUUUUUUUCAAUUGGCCCCCCUUAACUACCAAUAAAUAUCUGGAGUUCCGUCCAUUAGGAUUCUAUUUAGCUCAGUAUUUCGCGAUCAAAUCAUUUGAUAGGUUUGAACCUUUUGCAUUUUUCUUAUAACAUAUUACAUGUAGUAGGAAAAACUGUUUCUUGCUACAAAGAAAAAUCUUUGCAGUUUGUAUUCUUUUUUCCUUAAAACCGCAAUGCCCAUUGUCUAGGAGUUUUGACAUACCUUGCUUAUGUGGGUCUGCUUGCACAAGCUCUGCACCCAGCUUGUGCUGAUCCGCAGCUUCUCAUUUUGAAUUAAAUUCCAGAUAUUCCUAUACCACACACUGACACACACACAAGAGAUGAUUUGUUCACACUUCACAGUCUCGAGCAUAUGCUUUAUAGAACUUUAAAAGUGUCUAAUUGGUAUUGCGAAAGUAAAAAGAGAUGGAACCAAUACAUACUGCAACAUCUAAGAAAAAUCCUAGUAACUAAUAAUACAGCGUAACUAGCUUAACUCAAGGCUCUGGAAAAAGCCAAGUUGGAGACCAUGGGCCUUCGCCGGCUGUGGACGCCACUAGCGUCUCCGACAGCAAUGGCAUCACUGUCCGGUCUCUCAUGUUGUACACCCCAGAGUCUUGAAAGGCAUUCUCACAAUUUCCCCCGUUUAUUUUUGAAACGAAGGGCCUGCCCGGCUUUAAGUUAAGAAAGGCCAAACCAGGCUGACUAGAUCCUUUCUUCUCGUUUAGAAAGUAGAUGCAAUCUUCUUCAACUCCGGUGCCGCUAGA